ACAAUGUUGACAAAUAUAUCCGCGGAAAAUCAAUAGAAUAUCGUUCAAACUUUGUGAAACGGUACCUAUUGAAAUAACAAAAUCUUGCAAAUUGAAGCAAAUAAUCAUACAGCGUUCUUUUAAUCGUCGAUAUUCAGGCAUAUUGGUUAUUUCCAAAUAGGCGGAAAUAAUUUUAUUAUAAUACUAAAUCAGGCGAUAUAGCAUUUUAAAUUACGUGUAUACAAUGUAGGGAAAGUAAUUUAUACGCUGUAGUAACAGAGUGAAAUAAUUGUUGUAGUAAUAUACGCUUCAGUAUUUGGACGAAGGAUUCGCACGUUCUGUCAAAAAAAGAGACACAGAGAUCGCUCAUGUCUUCUGAACAAACAGAACGGUUACAAAUACGCGCGAUUAAAUAGUGCCGGAACUUAAAGUUAUUGAUCAUGUAAAAUAACGGUACAUGCCAUUUACUAUUGCUUAAAGGGGAAAGUUUGAACAUUGGAGUUUGACAGAACUUUACUAUAUAUAGUGUCGCGGAUGUGAAGAAAUAAAUAUAACACUGUGCUUGUGUUUGUAAGAUGCGAGAUAGGUAACUCUUUACAAUCUUAAAAGUUAAGUCGUGUAACAGCUUCUUGUAAAGGAUUUAUCGGUGGAUAACUUUGUUUAAGAAGUUUGUUUAAGCAUAGCAUACAUACCAGUAGCUGGAAUCGCCACAUGGGGGAAUCAGGAGACGGUGUGAUGUCGAUGGGUGUGGAAACAGGACCCGUCUUUCCCGGACAGACGGCCAAAAAGGACACUGCGGAGCAUGCGCACAGAAAGUUACCCAGACCGAUAAUGUUCUGGAGCGUAAACGAGAAGACGGCGUACCGCCGGAACCGCGUCGUUCAGACCAGGAUGAACAAGCUGACAAGUGACAUCGCCACGCAGCGUAACAGCGCCCGGAAGUCCAUCCGCUUCGAGGCGCACAAGUUCCGUCAGAAGAGCGGCCAUUUCUACAGCCACCCGUUGAGCAAUACCUCUGGAGACUCACAGUCGAGCGGCAGUAAUAUCGCACCGCCUAACUGGCGACCCCCGAGCGAGCUUACCUCUGGCAUACCCAAUAGCUCUAAGAGUGAGGAUGCAGUCAGUUCGAGCCUGGGCCAGCGGAAAGCUGUUUUGUCUCCGAGAAAACAGGGCAUCAUCACGCGGGCGACCAUACCUUACGUGACGUUCUCUGCGUACCGGAACGUUCAGUGUAUCCAGGACGACUCGAGGAUCGACGAUCUGGGUGUAAAACCGGACGUGUGCUCCUUGGGACUGGGAAAGAACGUGAAGCACAAUCCACUCUUCCGAAGCGUUUCUGCUGUCCAACAUCGGGAGAUUCCGGAUCUGCUCGGUCAGCGUCGCCAGCAUAGCGCGGCUCCGGCAGCGCGGACAUAUGCCAACCUCAGUUCGGGAGAAAAUACACGAGAACUCACAAAUAAUAUUGAUUUCAAAGUGAACUGUUCUAGAACAGCAAGUGACAAUUUUAAUCGCCAAUCCGACGUCUAUUUUGAUCAAGCCAAGGCUGCCUACCAACUCCGACAGGACUUCCAGAGGCGCGCGAGGCAGCGACAGCAGGAAGUGCAGACGGCGUUGUUCACGCUGCAGGACGCGCUGGCCAUAGAGAGAGCGCAGUUCCUGAGGAGCACGGACAGGGUGGCGGACUUCUUGCGGCGAGUGGUAGAGAUACAGCGAGCGGAGCGGCCAGCGGUGACCAAGUACACGAGGGACGCCAUCAUACAACAAAUGCACAUCUGAACACUGGACGAGAUAUGCCAUAUGACAGGAAAAAAUAUCGUGAUUUACUAGCAUAUACAUGUGUUUCAUGCAUAUGUUUGUAAACGGCUUGUCAACGUUAAGCGGAAUUCUUAGUUCUUACUGACGCUGGAGACCCCUCUCCCUGCUGAAACCUGCCGUGCAAGACAAUACCCCGCGCGAAGUCCUCUUUAGCCAUGGUCAUUAUAUGAAGUAUACGCCCACGUAAGGCUGUGUCCGCGCAAUGGUUUUAUAUGUAAACCCAUCUGAUUACAGUAUUAUCGUGGGAAAUAGUAUACUCAUUUAUAUUGUCUACAAAAUCUUCAGAGUACAGUUGCCGUUAGUUUUGGCGACUUCACAGUACCCAUUAUAUGCAUGUAGGUUAAUGAAGGGCCUGUUGUAGUUGUUGCAUUCACACGCUCGACACGAUGUGAACAGCAACAAAGAUCACAGCCAAUCUAGAGAUGUUCGUUGCACGAACAAGAACACGCUUUGGUGGAAGUGAUUGUAGAUGCUUAACUGCUGUGAUAAUUAUAAUUAUAAUAUAAUAUAUAAUUAUUAUAUAUAUAUAUAUAUAAUUAUAAUUAUCAUUAUAAUAAUAUAAUGAUAACCUUAGAAUUACAGAAAAAUAUAAAUGUGGCAGUAAAUAAACAUAUGUGUGUAAAGUGACAAUGAAAACCCAUUUGUACGCACAGAAAAAGUUAUACAAAUAUUAAAAGGUUCCAUAAACAGAACAAUUUUGUAGAUCGGACAACAUUGAUGGUAUUUUUUCCACAUAUUAUUUUUUAUCUUUGUAAUUUGCCUUGUAUUGCAUGUUAACAAAACUUAACUUCGCUUCAUAUAUAAUGAUUGAUUUAUUUCUUUAACUGAAAACGCAUUUUCGUGAUCAAAAAAUAACAUUACUUUAUAUACACGUUAAAAUACUGAUAUGUUUGUAAAUCUCCUGUGAAAGAAAAGAACAAAUCAAUAUGGAAUAUUCCUUAUACGGAACAUUUACACAUUUAACAGCGUUAUGGAAUUAAUUAUUGUGAU